AACCCCUUUACAAAUUUCUCUUUCUUCUUCUCUGAACCAAAAUCCCUAGCUCUUAAGAAUCGGGGGCGUUUCAGUUUAAUCACAAAUGGCAGAAGUAGAAGAAGCACCGAAAUCACUUAACUACAUCCCUGAGAUAGUCCUUAAGAAGAGAAAAAGCAAUGACGACUGGGCGAUUAGAAGGAGAGAACAGGCGGAACUCAAAAAGGAGAGGACCAAAAAGAACAAAUCACUGGUUUUCAGAAGAGCUGAGGAUUUCAUUAAAGAGUAUCGUAACAAGGAAUUGGACUUUGUCCAGAUGAAACACAGGAAAAAGCAGCGAACAUCAUCAAAUGCUAUCCCUGAAUCGAAGCUGCUGUUUGUCAUUCGUAUUCGUGGCACCAAUGAUAUGCAUUUUCAGACGAGGAAGGCUUUACAUUCUUUGAAGUUGAGAUCAAUCAACAGUGGUGUCUUUGUUAAGGCAAAUGAAGGAGUUAUGGAUAUUCUGAAGAGGAUUGAACCAUAUGUUACUUACGGGUCUCCUAACUUUCAGACAGUAAAAGAUUUGAUUUGCAAGAAAGGGUAUGGAAAGAUUGACAAGCAGAAAACACCCCUAACAGACAAUAACCUCAUCGAGCAGGCACUGGGGCAGUAUGGAAUUCUAUGUAUCGAAGAUAUUGUACACGAGAUUGCUACUGUCGGUUCACAUUUUAGGGAAGUAGUGAACUUUCUAUGGCCAUUCAAACUGACUAGGCCAGAAGGAGGUAAGCUGCUAAAGAAAACACGAUACAGUGAUGGUGGUGAUGCAGGAAAUCGUGGAGAUACUAUUAAUGAACUCAUCAAUAAGAUGAACUGAGAGUAGACUGCGAAUCAAUGAUGCUCAUGUUCACCUACAAAUAGAGAGACAAAUUAGAGAGAUACCUUAAAUGUGUCUUCAGUUUAUGUGUAAUAGACUUCGCUAAUCUUGUUUUGAGUUGACAAUAGCUACUUCUGCCUCUAAUCUGAUGGCAUGAUUUUGUUGAUUACAUUAUGCUCUUGUAAGUUUUUUUAUUCAAAUGUUUACUCUUCUGGUUGAUAUAACUGAACAUCUAGACUUUUAGUGUUUUUUCAAA